UUGAGAUCCAAAAAAGAGUUCAAAAAAAUGGAUUCCAAUCUCUCAUUAUCCUUCAUUAUUAUCUCUUCCUUCUUCAUAUUUCUGGCAAUGUGUUUUAGAGUAAUUACCCGACCCAUACCCGACCCGAAUAAAAAUCAUCCUCCGGGGCCGACGAAGCUGCCGGUGAUCGGGAACUUGCACCAGCUGGCGACAAGUUCGAAACUGCCACACCGAUUGUUGAGUGACUUGGCCAGAAAAUAUGGACCGGUGAUGCACUUGCAGCUCGGCGAAGUUAGCACCGUCGUGAUUUCUUCGCCGGAAGCCGCCAAAGAAAUCAUGAAGACACAAGAACUCAACUUUUUCAACAGGCCGUUAACCAUUGCGACCGAUAUUGUACUUUACAACCACUCGGAUUUGGUAAUGUCGCCAUACGGUGAAUACUGGAGACAAAUGCGCAAGUUCUUCACCGUGGAGCUUUUGAGCGCGAGACGAGUCCAAUCAUUCCGUGCUUUAAGAGAAAAAGAGUUUACGAAUCUGUGUAAAUGGAUCGCGUCUAGAGAAGGUUUGUCGAUCAACUUGACAGAGAAGAUCAGCUUCACUACUUGUGAUAUUGUACUUCAAGCGUCGCUUGGGAAAAAGACCGACGAGCUAAGAAAAUUCAACAAGAUAGCCAAUGAGAGCGCCGAGCUUGGCAUUGGAUUCAAUCUCGCGGAUUUCUAUCCUUCUAUCAGUUUGUUUCGACAAUUCAAUGCGAUAAAAGGCAAGGUAGAGAGGCUGCACAAAAAGGCGGACAGGAUACUCGAAAAGGUUAUCAAUGAACACCGAGAAAAAAAGAAUGAGUUUAAACAACACCACGACUUCGCCGACGAUCUUCUGAAGUUUAAUAAUUCGGGAAACCAAAUAAAACUGACCGACACCAAUAUAAAAGCCGUCUUACUGGAUGUGUUUAUCGCGGGAAUUGAAACAUCCUCGAUGACUACGGAUUGGAUUAUGGUGGAAAUGCUACGGCGCCCGAGUGUCUAUAAAAAGGCGCAAGACGAGGUAAGAAUGGUUUUCAAGGAAAAGGGAUUUGUCGAUGAGUCUUGUUUCGACAAGUUAAAGUAUUUGAAGUUAGUCGUAAAAGAGUCUCUAAGGCUCCAUACGCCGCUACCCAUAAUGUUUCCGAGAGAAAGUACGGAGCAAUGUGAAAUCUUCGGAUACAAAGUAGCUCCGAAAACUCAAGUUUUGGUAAAUGCGUGGGCGAUUGGAAGAGAUCCCGAGUACUGGAAAGAACCAGAUAGUUUUAUCCCGGAGAGAUUUCUUGAUAAUCCAGUCGAUUACAAGGUGAACAAUUUUGAAUACCUUCCCUUCGGCGCGGGAAGAAGGAUUUGCCCGGGAAUUUCAUUUGGCCUCGCUAAUGUCGAGCUUGCUUUGGCGAUGUUUCUCUACCACUUCGAUUGGGCUUUGCCCAAUGGAAUGAAACCUGAAGAUAUGGACAUGACCGAGGCGUCGGGCGUUACGUUGAAAAGGAAAGAACCAUUGUAUGUUAUUCCGAGAGUGAAGAUACCUUUGCCUGUAAAACAAGAUUGAUUCAUCUGAUCAUCUUCGAGCAACAAUCACUUACUAAAUGUACGUAUGCAUAUAUAUAUAUAUAUAUUUAUAUAUAUUUCGACAAGGAAUUUGUGGUCUGAUUGUUGUGUUAAAUUACAUCUUAGAUUUCUGUAAAAAUAACAUGUGUACGUCUUGUUCUUAAUGGAUUUGAUGUUCUUGUAAUGAAACAUACAUGUACGUGUGUUUCUUUUGAUAUAUUGAUAAGUGGUAUAUAUGAUAAUAUUUUGCUA